AUGGCGGCGCUGUCAGCAGCAUCGCAGCGGCUCGGACCAGCUCUGUGUAGAAUAAAGAACGUCAAAGCCCCGAGAAGACGGCUGCUUCUGGACAACACCAUGCUUCUGUUCAUGUGUUUGGUGACUAUGGUCCAAGCUGCGUCUGCGGACGGGAAGACACUGGUUCUGCUGGACAACCUCAACACCAGAGACACCCAUUCAAUCUUCUUCCGCAGUCUGGCAGAUCGUGGCUUUGACCUCUCAUUCAAAACAGCCGAUGACCCCUCCCUCUCCUUGAUCAAAUAUGGACAGUUUCUAUAUGACCAUUUAGUAAUUUUCGCACCAUCUGUAGAAGACUUUGGGGGAAAUAUCAACGUGGAAACCAUCACAUCCUUUAUUGAUGGCGGGGGCAAUGUUCUUGUUGCUGCCAGCUCAGAUAUUGGGGACCCUCUGAGGGAACUGGGCAGCGAGUGUGGCAUUGAGUUUGAUGAAGAAAAGACUGCUGUUAUUGACCACCAUAACUAUGACAUAUCUGACCCUGGAGAGCACACUCUAAUCGUUGCUGAUCCUGAAAAUCUUUUGAAAGCUCCCACUAUUGUUGGCAAACCUAACAACAAACCAGUCCUCUUUAAAGGAGUGGGCAUGGUAGCAGACCCUGAAAACCCCCUGGUUUUGGACAUUCUUACUGGCUCCUCCACGUCCUACUCUUACUUCCCUGAUAGACCAGUUUCUCAGUAUCCCCAUGCUGUUGGGAAGAACACUCUGCUCAUCGCUGGACUCCAGGCUCGCAACAAUGCUAGAGUAGUUUUCAGUGGUUCUCUGGACUUCUUCAGUGACGCUUACUUCAAUUCUGCAGUGCAAAAGGCCAGGCCUGGAUCCCAGAGGUUUGAAGAAAAUGGAAACAUGGACUUGGCUGAAGCACUAUCUCGAUGGGUGUUCAAAGAUGCUGGGGUCCUCAGAGUGGGGGCAGUCACCCAUCACCCUGUGGGAGAGACCUCUCCACCUGCUGCAUACACCAUCACUGACCUUGUGGAAUACAGUAUCGUGAUAGAGAUGUUGGUUGAAGGCCGCUGGGUUCCCUUUGAUGGAGACGAUAUUCAGCUGGAGUUUGUGAGGAUCGAUCCUUUUGUCAGGACUUACCUCAGAAAGAACGGAGGUAGAUACAGCGUCCAGGUUAAACUACCAGACGUUUAUGGAGUCUUCCAGUUCAAAGUGGAUUAUAAUCGACUUGGAUACACACACCUUUACUCCUCUACUCAGGUGUCGGUGCGACCUUUGCAGCACACUCAAUAUGAGCGUUUCAUCCCCUCUGCAUUCCCAUACUACGCCAGUGCCUUCUCUAUGAUGGCCGGCCUCUUCAUCUUCAGCAUAGUCUUCCUCCAUAUGAAAGAGAAGGAGAAAUCGGAUUAA